AUGACUUUUCACAAGAUGAACGUGAAAGAAGACAGUGUCAUUACUCGUCAGACAUAUCAACAUAUCGCUAAUGUGACCAGCCUCCCUAAUGCGUCUCAGGACGUAAAAAACCACACGGUCAUGGUCUCUGUUAUCAUGUUCAGUUGUGGCGUCUUUGGCAACAUCCUUGCAUUGGUGGCGCUUGCAAAAUCAAAGAAAGAGCAAAAGCAAACGAUCUUUUACAAACUGGCAGCCAGCCUUGUGGUUACGGAUCUCCUGGGAAUUUUAGCUACAUCGCCUGUUGUUAUCGCAAGCUACGAAAACAAUUUCAAGAUGCCGUGUCAACCGGUUCUGUGCCUAUAUUUUGCCUUCAUGAUGGUACUUGCAGGCUUUGCUACCCAAUUUAUAAUCUGCACUAUGGCGAUUGAACGUUACUUUUGCAUUAAUCAGCCGUGUUAUUAUUACACUCAGCCAAUGCGUGGCUACACACGUAUUGCUUUACUUUUCUGUUGGGUCGGCUCCGUUACUAUUGCCAGCCUUCCAUUCAUGGGACUUGGAUCGUACAAAAUUAUGAAACCAGGUACUUGGUGUUUCUUUAAUUACUACAGUAAUGCCCGAGCGGAUGUGAUCUUCAGUUUCAUCUACAGCCUGCUCGGAAUUACAACCAUUUUCUCUACAGUAAUCCUUAAUAUUGUCGUCAUUCGAAAACUUAUCCAUGUUCGCUGUAAGCAAACAGUAAUUAGUUCCGGUUCCGGUCGGCUGCGCAGACUCGGUAACAAUCGACGCUACACAGAAAUUCAAAUGGUGCUCCAGUUGAUCUCUAUUACAUGCAUAUUCACAACUUGUUAUCUUCCUUUGAUGUUACAAAUAUUUAUGAAUCAAUUUACAGACAUGUCUGAUAAGGAUUUGCUGGUCAUUCGUCUUGCUUCUUUGAACCAAAUUCUGGAUCCCUGGGUGUACAUUUUAAUCCGUCGUAACACUGUCUACUACGUGUCCCGCCUUUUCCGGUGGACAUUUCGUAUGAAGCGUCCAUCAUUCAUGGAUCGAUCUUCCUCGCUACGUCGAGCCAGUACCGAAAGCAAGAGUUCCCUCGGCAAAAUGGCCAGUUUGGACAGUCGAAAUGUUUCUUUUGGAAGCACUACCAACAACAACAACAACAAGGACGAUAUCAGUUGGGCGGAAUUCUGCUGGAACUGUAUGUGUGAAAACCCAACAGAUAAAUACGAUUAUAAUAAGGCUCUUACUUCCAGUCGAAGCGACAUUUCAAAACAUCAAGUAUCAGCGACAAUAAAACCACCGAUUUUUGACGGAGAAAUAUCACGAAUUUAA